GAAUGAAAACACAGCUGAGGUCCGACGUUCUCAUUUUAUCGAACACCCUUCGCUGAGUGAGAUUCCCGGUUUUCCGCUUAACCAUGGCCCCCGAGGCAAGUAGACACCACUGUGCAUUGGCUUCCCUCAUCUCGACCGUGAAUGUCUUGAGCAGUUACAAACGCAUCCAGCAUGACAAAGUCGCCAGGAGCUGCUCAUUCAUCGAAAGGAUGCAGCCUCAAUACAGCGAAUAUCUGAUCAACUACCAUCGCUUCCUGCACACCGUUCGCGUUGGAGUGAACCAGAACUUCGCCUUCCUGCAGGAAGUCUUGGAGAAUAUACCGAGAACGCUCGGCUCCAUGAUUUACAUUCCGCGAACGUUCGAAAUCGACCCCAAGUCCAAACCCUCACACAGUGAGGUUGAGGAGCUGCUGCUUGUCCUCAAGGAAGUGCGACGCGAAUGGAGUGCGGAGGGCCGAAGUGAAAGGGAUCAGUAUUAUAUUCCGCUUUUGCAGCGAGCUGAGGCGCUUUUCCCGAAGCAUAGAAGCGAUGUUAGAGUAUUGGUUCCAGGCCAACGCUUGGGUCGACUCGUUUUCGAGCUCGUGAAGAGAGGAUUCCGCUGCGAGGGACAUGAAAGUUCUUAUCUGAGAGCGGCUUUCGCAUGUUUUAUUCUGAGCAAUCCGAUCCCGGACAAUCAUUACACCAUCCAUCCUUUCCUCCAUUGCUUGAGUGCUAAUCUCCGAGACGAGGACAGAACUCGAAUGGUCCAUUUUCCGGAUGAGAAUCCGAACGCGAUUCUCAGUCAGAGCAGUCUUUGCUCAUUUGUUCUCGGGGACUUCACGAAUGGCUAUAAGCAUCAGGCCGGAGAAUGGGAUUUGGUCGUCACCUGUCUCUUCCUUCAAACUGAACCGAACGUGAUCGGAUGUAUGGAAGUAAUUUUCGACUGCCUCCGGCCAGGAGGUCACUGGUUGAAUCUCGGAUCUUUAGCAAGCGCAUAUCACAAGAGGAAGAACCAAGCGCUCCUGACACCGAGUCAUGAAGACAUGAGGCAUAUAAUCGAAGAGAUCGGAUUCAUCGUGACGGAGGAGGGUACUGAAAUCCGUGGCACCUUCUGUGCGACUCAGUCUUCCAUGCGGCAAGUGCAGUAUCGGAACGUGCUUCUGGUUUGUAGAAAGCCCGCAGAUGUAGGAGUCCAACAGGUGAAAACGGAAGUGGUCGAGGACGUUUGAAGCUGAAGAAACUCUUUCCCAAUCCCUCUCGAACUCG